AUGGUUGCUGCUGUCGCCUCUGUCUCCGAAUUCAAAGAAGCCUUGAAACACGACGGCUUGGUCGUCGUGGACUUCUUUGCCACUUGGUGCGGUCCUUGCAAGAUGAUCUCCCCAAUGGUGGACAAGUUUGCUACUCAAUACUCGAGCGCUAAGUUCAUCAAGGUCGACGUCGACGAGUUGCAGGAGGUUGCCCAAGAGUACGAGAUCUCUUCCAUGCCCACUUUCCUUCUUUUCAAGGAGGGCAAGGUCGUCCAGAAGGUCAUUGGUGCCAACCCCGCUGCUUUGAAGCAGGCUUUGGCUGCCAACGCUUAG